AUGUUAUCAACGUUUCGGAAUUUCUUUGCACUAUUAGUAGCAGCGGUUUUGUUUUUGACCAAAGAAGGUAAGACUUUUGCGAAAUCUUGAUUAGAAAAUUCCACGUGGCAAAUUCCAGGAUCCACUCAUGAAAUCAAUUCUUACAAUUCGGAUUUUGGUGUGUUUUUGGGCGAAUUGAAUGGAAAUUCGGAUAUUGCUGGACAAGUUUUCUUGGUCAAUUCAUCGACUUUGCAAAUUUUCAAUUUCACAUUUGACGCAUCACAAAAUGCUCAUUUUUGGUUUGAUGUAAAAGAAAGCGCGACGCCGGAUGGAUUAAAAGGAAUAACAAAUGAAUAUGGGAUUAGUCCAAUUGGAAACUUUCCAAAGGGACAAGAUAGAGUUGUGGUACAUAUUCCGGAAAAGCACAAGAUUGAUGAUUUCAAAUCGUUUUCGGUUUAUGAUUUCAAGGCUGAUGUGAGUUGAUCGGGAAAAUAGUAGGAAGAUUUUUGACAGUUACAAUAAUAUUAACUUAAUUCAGAAUUUUAUUUCGAUUUUCCGAAGAAAACUUGUUAGAAAUAAUGGGAAAUAUCUUUCAAAUUUUGAAAAUUCUCAAGAUUUUGUAAACUUCUGAAAGAUCUGAAAAAUAAAAAAAAAUAUAGAUCAUAAAUAAUUCCUCAAACAAUUUUUCAUACACAAUAGUGAAUUUUAGCUCCAGAAUUAUGUUUCACUAAUUCCUCAGGUUCACAAUAUUAAAAAUAUCAACUUUCAGCGCAACUUUGGUUCCAUCAGUCUCCCAGAAAACAUGAAAAUCCCCCAUUCGGUGGUGCUAUCAAAUGAAUUCGCUGGAAAACGCUAUAAACUUAUGUCUGGACCAGUUUAUGUGAUUGAUCGAAGAACCAUCAAAGUAUACGCGUUCACUUUCCAAGGAGAUAAGGCGCCAAGUAAGGAACCCCUCUGCGAAAUAAUCCUUUUUUCAUCCUUCCCGGCUAGACCACAACUAAAAAACGUUUUCUGUUCAGAAACAUAUUUCUAUGCUGGACGUGGAUCAGGUGUUGCAAUUGAAUCAGGUGAAAAAGUGGCGAUUCGCGGGAAGGACAUUGAUGAGUAA